UGAUCCUGCGCGGCCGACAUGAACGCCUCGGCGUGUGGACUAUGUUGGUGCGUGUGCGCGACCGUGUGUGUGCUGAGUGUCGACGCGUCUUGGUGGUGAGUUUGCAUCAUCGCGCUGCUCUGAAAGUUUGUAGCAUUUUUUUUUUUUAUUGGAUGCCUUUGCAUGAAUUGCUUGUCAUGAAGUUUUCUUGGCUGCAGGUUCACAUUGUUGCAUUUGACCUUUUGCUGUACUUUGCCCUCAUAAUUUUUUAGUCAUUCCACUAAAGUUAUCAAAUGUUCUUGCUGCUGUCUAUUGAAAGCCUUUACGGCAUCUUUACAAGUCUCAACCGGUCUCUUGGUGCUUUUUCCCUUCACGGCAAACAUUUCAACACCUCUUGCAAUAAUCGUACACGUCUGUCGACUAUAGCCUCUCGAUUAUUAAUUCCUCACGUGGACAUGAAGCCAAUUCCAGAAUAUAAUCACUUGUUCGAGCGAAUUCUAGAACCUGGAAAAGUGCUUUGUAGAUGUACAUGAGCACUCUGGGCUCUCGCGUGAUGUGCGACAACAUCCCGGGGCUGGUGAGCGAGCAGCGGCAGCUGUGUCGCCAGCAUCCCCGAGUGAUGCAAGCCAUCGGCGCCGGGGUGCAGGACUGGAUCUCCGAGUGCCAGCACCAGUUUCGCAAUCACCGCUGGAACUGCAACACGGUGGCGCGGGACCACAGUCUGUUUGGACGCUUGCUGCUGCGCGGCAGCCGCGAGGUGGCUUUCAUAUACGCCAUCUCGUCGGCGGGCGUGGUGCACACGCUGGCGCGAGCGUGCAGCCGCGGCGAGCUGGACUCUUGCUCCUGCGACCCGCGUAAGACGGGUUCUUGGAGGGACCGGGUCGGUGUCUUCGACUGGGGCGGCUGCAGUGACCACGUGGAGCACGCCGCCCGCUUCGGACACGCUUUUGUGGACGCCAAGGAGAGAAAGGAGCCCGAUGCACGUGCCCUCAUCAACCUCCACAACAACAGGGCCGGGCGCAAGGCAGUGAAGCGUCUCCUGAGCCUGGAAUGUAAGUGCCACGGCGUGAGCGGCUCAUGCAGCGCGCGCACCUGCUGGCUGGCCAUGGCCGACUUCCGCCGCACCGGAGACGAACUCAGGCGCAAAUAUGAGCGCGCCGUCCACGUGGCCGUCAACCAGUACGGAGCGGCUUUGACGACGCUGGGUGCGUGGGGAAGACGCACGGCGCCUGGGAAGAACCAGCUGGUCUACUCGGACGAAUCCCCGGACUUCUGUGUGCCCGACCACGACGCAGGGUCCUUGGGCACGGGCGGGCGGCGGUGCAACGUGACGUCUCGGGGCGCAGACAGCUGCUCGGUCAUGUGCUGCGGGCGAGGUUACGACACGGCGCGGGUGAGCCGCAGCGCCAAGUGCGAGUGCAAAUUCCACUGGUGCUGCGCCGUGCACUGCAGUGACUGCCACCAGGUGAUGGACGUGCGCACCUGUAAAGACCAUACGUGAACGUCAUUGUCAGCAAAAUCGAAACUCGCUCAUAUAACCCGGACACUGUUCUUAAAAGUUUUUUCCCCACUAAAAUGUAUUUAUUCAUUUUAUUUAUUGUUUUAUUCCUCCUCCAGUUUGAAACGAUGACGACCCCGCUAUCGGGUUAGUGUAUGCGAGUCGUACUUGUCUUUUUUUUUAUGUGGUAGUGUUUUGAUUCUUCAUUGUUCAAUUAAUUUUGUAAAUAAAAAGUCCAAAAA